CCUUUAUUUGAAAGAAUGUAGAAGGACAGAAGAAAAGAAGAAACACACUUCAUGAAUUCAAAAAGUCAGCAAAGACUACUCUAAGUAAAGAAGACCCAUUACUGAAGAUAAAAACAAAGAAAAUGACCACUGCAGACCAAUGUGCCAAGAGAUGUAUUAGGAAUAAAGGAUUUCCAUUUACUUGCAAGGCCUUUGUUUUUGAUAAAGCAAGAAAACGAUGUCUCUGGUUCCCUUUCAAUAGCAUGUCAAGUGGAGUGAAAAAAGAGUUUGGCCAUGAAUUUGACCUCUAUGAAAAUAAAGAUUACAUCAGAAACUGCAUCAUCGGUAAAGGUGGCAGCUACAAGGGAACAGUUUCUAUUACUAAGAGUGGUAUCAAAUGCCAGCCCUGGAAUUCCAUGAUACCACAUGAACACAGCUUUUUGCCUUCGAGCUAUCGGGGUAAAGACCUACAGGAAAACUACUGUCGAAAUCCUCGAGGGGAAGAAGGGGGACCUUGGUGUUUCACAAGCAAUCCAGAGGUACGCUACGAAGUCUGUGACAUUCCUCAGUGUUCAGAAGUUGAAUGCAUGACCUGCAAUGGGGAAAGUUAUCGAGGUCCCAUGGAUCAUACAGAAUCAGGCAAGAUUUGUCAGCGCUGGGAUCAUCAGACACCACAUCGACACAAAUUCUUGCCAGAAAGAUAUCCUGACAAGGGCUUUGAUGAUAAUUCCUGCCGCAAUCCUGAUGGCAAGCCGAGGCCAUGGUGCUAUACUCUUGACCCUGACACCCCCUGGGAGUACUGUGCAAUUAAAAUGUGUGCUCACAGUACUAUGAAUGACACCAGUGUCCCUAUGGAAACAACUGAAUGCAUUCAAGGUCAAGGAGAGGGUUACAGGGGCACCAUCAAUACCAUUUGGAAUGGAAUUCUGUGUCAACGUUGGGAUUCCCAAUAUCCUCACCAGCAUGACAUAACUCCUGAAAAUUUCAAGUGCAAGGACCUAAGGGAAAAUUAUUGCCGAAAUCCAGAUGGAGCUGAGUCACCCUGGUGCUUUACCGCGGAUCCAAACAUCCGAGUUGGCUACUGCUCCCAAAUUCCAAAAUGUGACGUGUCAAGUGGACAAGAUUGUUAUCGUGGGAAUGGCAAAAAUUAUAUGGGCAAUUUGUCCAAAACACGAUCUGGAUUAACGUGUUCUAUGUGGGACAAGAACAUGGAAGACUUACACCGGCAUAUCUUCUGGGAGCCAGAUGCUAGUAAGCUGAACAAGAAUUACUGCCGGAAUCCUGAUGAUGAUGCCCAUGGUCCCUGGUGUUACACAGGAAAUCCUCUCGUUCCUUGGGAUUAUUGCCCUAUUUCUCGUUGUGAAGGUGAUACCACACCUACAAUAGUCAAUUUAGACCAUCCUGUAAUAUCUUGUGCCAAAACAAAACAAUUGCGAGUUGUAAAUGGAAUUCCAACACGAACAAAUGUAGGAUGGAUGGUUAGUUUGAAAUACAGAAAUAAACAUAUCUGUGGAGGAUCAUUGAUAAAGGAAAGUUGGAUCCUUACUGCAAGACAGUGUUUCCCUUCUCGAAACAAAGACUUGAAAGAUUAUGAAGCUUGGCUUGGAAUUCAUGAUGUUCAUGGAAAAGGAGAUGAGAAACGCAAACAGGUUCUAAAUGUUUCCCAGCUGGUCUAUGGGCCUGAAGGAUCAGAUCUGGUAUUACUGAAACUUGCUAGGCCUGCUAUCUUAGAUGAUUUUGUUAGUACAAUUGAUUUACCUAAUUAUGGAUGUACAAUUCCUGAAAAAACGACUUGCAGUGUUUAUGGCUGGGGCUACACUGGAUUGAUCAACUCUGAUGGUCUGUUACGAGUAGCACAUCUCUAUAUCAUGGGGAAUGAGAAGUGCAGUCAGUACCACCAAGGGAAGGUGACUCUGAAUGAGUCUGAAAUAUGUGCUGGGGCUGAAAAUAUUGUAUCAGGACCAUGCGAGGGGGAUUAUGGUGGUCCACUUGUUUGUGAACAACAUAAAAUGAGAAUGGUUCUUGGUGUCAUUGUUCCUGGUCGUGGAUGUGCCAUUCCGAAUCGUCCUGGUAUUUUUGUCCGAGUAGCAUAUUAUGCAAAAUGGAUACACAAAAUUAUAUUAACGUAUAAGAUCCCACAGUCAUAGCUGAUGUAAGUGUGUCUGAAGCUUCCAUCAACACAGCUCUCUUUUACAUGAAGAUUUCAGAGAACAUGGAAUUAAAAUGUCACUUAAAACAAUCAAGACAACUACUUGAGUGUCAUGUUUGUUAAGAUACUCAUUAAUAUUUAUGGAUGUUUCUGUUGUUUUGUUUGUCAGUGUUAUUUUGUAAAUGUUAAAGUGAAUUAAGGUACAUGCAAGUGUAGUAACAUAUCUCCUGAAGAUACUUGAAUGGAUUAAAAUAUGCAAAGGUAUAAUUGCUGGAUGAUAAAAGAUUUAAUAGAAAAGAUCAAUUAUCUGUCUACGCUGCUUUCCAAGGUUAGUUUCUUAAUAAUGAGUAAACCAUAAGUUAAACAUUAUUUUAGCCUCACAAAAAAAUUUAUUCCUUGUGUCCUUAAAUUGUAAUCCUAUGUUAAAUUAUAUUACCUUUCAUAUGACAUACAUUAUAUUUCAUUAAUUUCUUCUCACCAUGUAUCUGUAAUACUGGUGCAUGCACUUUUUAUAAAAAUAUGUACCUAUAUACACAUGCCUGGGUACACAUGUGCAUGCACUAGAAUUCAAAUCAUGGUGUAGCUAAUGUAACUACUACAUAUUCUGAAAGUAUGUACCUUAGUUUUUCCUUAAGAAAACAGUAGAAAUUCCUAAAGAUCAGUAGAAAUAUUAAGGAAAGGUGCAAGAAAAAAAUGACUAGCUCAUUCUCCAUACAAAAUGACCUCUAUUGGUUAGAAUUUAAGGUGUAGUCAUGACCCACAAAUUUAAUCUAGGUGUUUACAAAUGUUUAUCAUCCUAGUUAUCUUACUAGUUUCUAAUUCUUAAAGGGAAGAGGGCAAUAUGUGUAUUAGUAUUAUUUCUUUCCUCCAAAUUUAGGGGCACUUAUCUAUGCAAACCAUUUUAAAAUCUAUUUUCCAAAGUAUUUUUUAAAUUCUUAGAUAACUCUAUUUGAGGUUGAAAAGUAUUUUGGUCUUUAAAAUGUUUUUAUGUAGGCUGAUUUUAAGACUUAUUGCUGUAUUGUCUUCUGGCUCACCUUUUUUAAAUUUUAAAAAUUUAUUAAGAGGAAAAUUUCUAUAUGCCUCUAAAGAUUUAUAAAUAAACUUUCAUCAAAUUAUUCAUUAAAGUAUAUGUUGAGGGAAAGAAUAAAAAUACUUUUCUCAACCUGGAAAUCUUUUAGCCCAACAAAAGUUUACUCAAGUAAAGGAAGAAUUGUCAAAGAAAAGAAAGAAUAGAUUAUCUAAACUGUAUAUUCAAUUAUUUCUUAAGGUAGAGUUAAAUUUGCUGAAUGAGAUAUUUUAUCAGGAUAUCUUCAAGUUUAUCUUAUUUCAUUUUACAUAGGUCUUUACCAAUGCAAUGGGAAAUUUUCAUUCAAAUUUUGUAUUUGGUAUAAUAGCCAAGUUAUCAUAUUUAUUUGUAUAUUUGUCAUGAUUAGCUUAAGAUCAUGUAUUUGUUAUGAAAUAAAAAAGAGUAAUAGGACAGGCUCCAAAUUGUCACAAAACCUUCUGUACAAAAGAUCUUUAAAAAUAAUUAUUUGAAUACUUAAAAUCCAGUAUUCCCAUUUCUCUAACUUGUUUCUCUUGAAUGAUCUCAAUUAAUGCCAGAGAUCCAACUGAUGUUCUAAAAGCUCCAAAGGGCACUGUUCAGUCUUGAGUAAAAUGCUUUUAAAUUUACUCCUGAGCAUAAGGAGUAUAAGGCAGUAAGUCCUGAAAUGCCUAUCCAAAUUUAUAUCAUAUUUUAUUUGUAAUAAGAUAUGUGUUGAUAUCAAGAAAUAGUGAAAGCAAAGAGAGAUCCAACAAGUUGCCAGUCCAACCAUCUUAUCUGAUUGCAUUUCUCUUUCCCAUAUAUAAAGAACUAUACAAAACACAUAGAAAUUUCAAAGAUGUAUUGCCUAUUAAAGUAUAUUUCAGUUUCUUCUUGCUGAACUGUCAAAUUGUAUUGUCACAUACUAAUGAUUUUUGUAAAACAUUUAUAAAAUUGUAACAUUUUUGAAUACUCACAUUUUAAAAUAUUUCUCGUACGCCUUUUUCUCUAAAUUUGCAUGGAAAGAGAUAGGGAUUACCACAUACAAGAUGCAACUUUUAAACAUUUUGAACUCAAUGUUUUACAUUCUAUUAAAGGGCAAAAUCAAAUCCACCCCUAAGCCAUCAGACAUGGCAUACAAAGCAGCACUUUCUUUGGGAAGUUUCCUUUGUGAUAGAGGGAGUUGGUAGAAUAGACAGUGAAAGAAACAUGGACAAGAUCCACAUUAUUUUAGGUGGUAGGACAGGGAAUCAUCAUGUCAUUUUUCUCUGGUGAAAGAUACUAUUUCCUGGGCAUUCUUUUCUUAAUAAACCACAAAAAAAUGUUAAAAAUCCAAUUUAUCUAAAAACCCAUUUCAUUUUGAGUUAUAGACAAAAGGAUCUUUUAAAUUAGAAGUUUUCAAUACUAUUUUUGUUUGGCCUGUUUGAAUAAUGAUUAUAUGCUGUUAUAACUGUGGACAUUUUCUUAUGUCUACCAGGAAUAGUAAUGUAAAAUUGAAAUAUUUGUCAUAAUGCCUCUGCCGUGCAGAAGGGGUGAUAAUCCUUUUGUAUACUUCUUUAAUUUUAUUGUAAAAAAUAUUCAGUGACUUUUACCUAUUUGCUGUGGGCAGGUCCUCAGUAAAAUGGUUUAUAUUGAGUCAGUCUCUACUAUUAACAGGCUCUUGCUUGCUAUCUAAGUGUUUCAAAUUAUGGGAAAUGUGAGACACUGGAAGGCAAGAAAAAUAACAAUAACAGCAUGUGAUAGCAAAAUUGUAUUUCACUUAUUCCUGUGAAUAUUUCUCGUUGGUACCAAUGGUACUGUACAAAGUGAAUGUUAUAGCCACAACAUUCUCUUUAAAAGGACACUGUCAAGAAGUGAGAAAUUGCUCUCAAGCCAUUUUCUUGUCUCUGAACAUUUUUUCUAUUUAAAAAGAUAUACUGUAUUGCCAUAUAGAGAUCACAAGGUAAAGAAUUUUCCUAAAAUGUCAUACUAAAAAACUUUUAAUUGAUUUACUGAGGCUCAAAAUAUAACUACUUUCAAUUACAACCUGUAUUUAUAGACAAACUCAUUUGAAAAGUAAAGUUAAUUUGAAUAAAAAGACAUAGUCUUUGUGUGAAUACUUUUCUUUCAACAUUCAACUUGAACUAAGAAUUUACUAAUACAGUAAAAAUGUUAAAAUUCUGUCAGACCGUAUAAAUCUUGACAGUGUAAUUUCAAGUAGGUUCAUUUCCAUUUGCACAGAAAGUUUCUGUCUUUAGGAAACUGAACAUGGAAUACUGUGGAUAUUAUGACUGUUUGUCUUGUGUGUAAAUAGGAAAUUGAUAAGCUGCCUAUUGAGUGGUAUAGCUGGAUGCUUACCCAUAAAGGGAACACUGUGGUUAUGACUUGUAUAUAACGUUUCUGUAGUUAAUAAAGUUGUUAUUUUUAUAACCAUGAUUAUAUUAUUAUUCUUAAUAAUAAUAAAAUAUUUUAUCAAAA